AUGGCGUUCAUAUCGGUGAUGUUGAUGGUACUAUGUUUGGUAGUUUUGUCUGAAACAACGGAGCCCUUGUGUUCUCCUUUCAACUACGAGGAGAAAUUGUUGGAAAAGAUGGUUAGAAAUGAAUUCAAAAUGGAGCAAGCCUUGAAGCGUAUUGAUGAUUUUGAAGUGCUACUGCUCAGGACGAACCGCAAAAUUCAAGGCGCCAUUGGUACUUUAAAAGAAAUUGAAGCAAGACUUGAUUCCAAACUGUCUAUGUCCUCAAUCGGAGCAACAUAUAUCCGAUGGGGUCGAUCAUCAUGUCCUCAUUCGAACAACAGUCUCGUGUAUCAUGGAUUUGCAGCGGGCACUCACUAUUCUAGCAGCGGAGGGGCAGCAGAUUAUCAAUGUCUACCUGUAGAGCCUGAACUGGAGACUGUUGUCACAAGAGCCGACUAUAUAAGCAACAUAUACCAGUCAGAGUACCUAACACAUGGAGCUACAGGCCUGUCAUCAUUGGCGAACCACGAAGUACCAUGCGCUGUUUGUUUCACGAAUGUUUCAUCAACCAUCAUGAUUCCAGCAAGGAAAACGUGUUACAUCGGAUGGAAACUUGAGUACCGCGGGUUUCUGAUGACUGAGCGCGACAAUCAUGCUAACAACAAGCAAUACGUGUGUGUUGACAAGGAACCUGAAGCCGCCCCAGGAAGUAAUGCAGCUUAUACUAAUAGUGUGUGGUUAGGCUUUGUAUUCCCAACGUGUGGAACAUUGAAAUGUCCUCCGUACAACAGCGCAUCUGCACUUGCAUGCGUCGUUUGUUCCAAAUUAUAG